CGAGCCCCCACCAUAGAUAUGAAACGCCAUGGGAAGAGCCCCCGACGCAGACGUCGGCUGCUGACGACGCAUUAAACUGUCGACGGUCGUACCGGAGCCUUGUUUUGUUGACACUAGCGACGAAAAUAACACGUGGUCGCCGACAGAAGCAGCCUAAAAGUCUGUGAGGGAGAAUUUGAGAAGCGGCGACGUGAAUUUGUGCCGGAAACGGGUGAAGACGGACUGCGAGCUGCUGCCGAGCCGCUUCCAGCAAACACAGUCCGUCCGCUUCGAGGUCUUCUCCGGCAUCUGGAGGGACAUCUUCUGUUCUUCUCACACAUCUUCUGGUGAUUGGCAGGAAGAGGAGAGUCUGACGGAGGAGCAGACGAACGUUGUCAACUAUUUUGUCUGAGCUCAACAACGGAGGAAAAAUGGAUUCUUCACAAAAAAAACGUGAAAACAGCAAUGGAGUGAGACAUCAGAAAUCUGCGGAGGAAAACAACGGUUCCCCAACAACAACAACAAAGAGAGAUGAAUCACUCAGUUGUGAGCAAUGUGACAAGACUUUUAUCACAGCGACAAAGUUAAGAAUUCACCAGCGUAUUCACAUUGCGGAAAAGCCGUUCAGCUGUGAUCAGUGUGGGAAGAAUUUUACUUCCAAGGGUAAUCUAACAGCCCAUCAACUCAUUCACAGCGGAGUUAGACCAUUCAUCUGUGAUCAGUGUGGGAAGACAUUUACUUCUAAGUUUAAUUUAGCAACCCAUCAACUCAUUCACAGUGGAGUCAGGCCAUUUAGCUGUGAUCAGUGUGGGAAGACUUUUACUCAGAUGGCCAACCUAAGAAUUCAUCGAGUCAUUCACAGUGGAGUUAGACCAUUCAGCUGUGAUCAGUGUGGGAAGACUUAUACUCACAAGAGGAAAUUAACAGAACAUCAACUCAUUCACAGUGGAGUUAGACCAUUCCGCUGUGAUGAGUGUGGGAAGACAUUUACUUUCAAGGGUCAUUUAACAAGCCAUCAAGUCAUUCACAGUGGAGUUAGACCAUUCAUCUGUGAUCAGUGUGGAAAGACUUUUACUCAGAUGGCCACCCUAAGAAACCAUCAAGUCAUUCACAGUGGAGUUAGACCAUUCAGCUGUGAUGAGUGUGGAAAGACUUUUAAUCACAAGAAGACAUUAACAGAACAUCAACUCAUUCACAGUGGAGUUAGACCAUUCAGAUGUGAUCAGUGUGGGAAGACUUUUAUUUCCAAGGUUAGUUUAGCACGCCAUCAACUCAUUCACAGUGGAGUGAGACCAUUCAUCUGUGAUCAGUGUGGGAAGACUUAUACUCAGAUGGCCACCCUAAGAACCCAUCAACUCAUUCACAGUGAAGUUAGACCAUACAGAUGUGAUCAGUGUGGGAAGACUUUUACUACUAAGGGUUAUUUAACAAGACACCAAGUCAUCCACAGUAGAGGUGAACCAUUCAACUGUGAUCAGUGUGUGAAAGCUGUUUCUCAACAUGAACAGUCAUUGAUCCAUCAAUGCCCCCAUUCUGGUAGACAGCUGUACCACUGUGACUACUGUGAAAAAACUUUCAAGCGCCAAGAGAGCCUAAAAUGUCACCAACGCAUCCACACUGGACAAGAUGUGUACGUAUGUGAUCACUGUGGAAAACUAUUUGUAAAGUUCUCACACUUAGAAGCUCAUGCAGUUACCCACACCAGGGUUAAACCGUACCGCAAUGACCAGUAUGGAAAAGGCUUCAACAACACUGGAGUCACUCACCAAUGUGACCACGCUGGGGACAGACCCUACAGAUGUGACGAGUGUAUUAAGACUUUUAGAACUUUGGCUUCCCUGAAACAACACCAGCAGAUCCACACCAGAAAGCAAGCAUUCAAUCAACAUCAUAGUAAGCAGAGCGGCACAGAUAUGCACACUGGACACAAAGUGAACACCUGCCAAGAAGAUUUCCCCAUGCUGGGUUCAGUACAAGUUCCUGAAGUGGUCCACAAACUUAAAGUCCUUGAGAUCAGGCUCCACAGAAUUCAGAUGCCAUCUCUUGUUUAGUGUCUUGGUCAAUGUUGCACUUGAUCGAUCAUGUUUUAUUCAUCUCUCUAUUUCUAGUUUCUGAUGAAGUUUCCUUAAUUUCUGCUACAAAGUAAAAAUAACAGAUCAGCAAGUACAGUGCUUGUACAGAGUAUUCACCCUACUUAGAAGUUUUUCAACUGUUGUUGCUUUUAAUCCAUUAAGAAUGAGUGACCAAGGACAAAAGAUGUGAGAGAGGUCACAGAGACACCUAAUACUCCUCUGAAGGAGUUCCAAGCUUCAGCAGCUGAGAUGGGAGAGACUGUUCAUACAACUGUUGUCUGUUUUUCACCAGUCAAAGCUUUAUGGGAGACAAAGAGAGACUCUGUGGAGAAAAGUUCUUAUUAAAUUUGGACUAGAGUUCAGCAGAAGACGUGGAGACUCUGAAGUCAACUGAAGAAGGUUCUUUGCUUUGACUUUCUCUUUAUACUUUGGUGCACUGUUGUUGGGAGCAGGCUGAAAAUCCUGGUUUGAGCUUCAACACCAUGAACUUACUUUGUUUUUAAAAAAAAAAAAUUGUAGCUUCUGCACUGUUAAGUGUUGUCUUGUUCGAUUGUUUUAAAUGCUUAUUCAUUAAAUUUUACUUUGGUUGCUUCA